ACUCCAACAAUAUAUAGCUGUACUCCAUUGGCGAAGAAUGCGUACAUCAUAUUCGGCCGCCAAAAAACUAAAACAAUUCACAACCGACACUGAGUAAUGUUACUCAUUUGACUGAAAUAACAAUAAUAAUUAUAAAGUGGCAGUGGUCGUUGUGGUGUUUAUAAAAAUGCUCACAUAGAAGUAAAGUAGGUACCUCAUUCGUUUCAAAUAGUUUAUUAACCCAUUCGUAUAAAAUAUUUUAUAUUUGUUCUACCAACGGGAUGAUAUUAUGGUGACGAUGAUAAUGUUAUACGGUAACAAGUGACACAUUAAUAAUACGUUCAUUUCGAUCUCUGAUGUUCACCAUAUCCCUAGAUGGUACAUGAGAAAGAGCGUCAUGUGGUCAUCGGUAUUCUUGUUCGGCAGGAGGCUGAUGAUAUUACUAUAUCUACUACUGCAACUGCAGGCGUAUCACGGACUAACUCAGGUCCGAUCAAUGCACUACAUCCCGUAUCCACAACAAAAUACAUUCAUUGACACUACAGUGAUGGAGCCACGUACAGGAUAUUUUUGUAAUAACGGGAUAUGGAUAGAGUCGAAAAAAGUUCGACAACGACGCCGUCACAAGGAGUUCGUGCAUAGAGUUCAAAAGAAAUUUUGUAAACAAAUUUUGAAUUCCAUCAAGAUGCGACUACGUAUUAAAAAGUUCAACAUAGAUAAUCCAUGCAAUGACUAAAAUUA